AUGCAAAUUCAAACAAACCAAACAAGCGGAUACCGAACAACCAAGGUCAAGGCGCUUCUUGCUGACCCAGACUACCCGUACAUUCUAUCAGCACUCUUCUCUGGUGAAAUAGAGCAGCUGGCGAUUGAGGAUGGCACAGUGGUCCUGAAGAAGCGGGUGAAGAUCUCAGAAAACCCAAUUCGAGCACUUGCAUUCAACUUGAAGCAGUACCAAAUACUGGCUGGAACUGAUGAUGGAAAUGUGGUGAUUUUGGACAGCACCAACCUGAACGUGGUGCACUCGUUCAUGGCCCACGGUGACUUCAUUCGAUCAGUCGCAGUCAACGAGCACCAAAACUGCUUUCUGACUGCAUCUGAUGACAACUGCGUGAAGCUGUUUGAUCUGAGAAACUACACGCUCAAGAACAUGUACAAGGACUCAAAGCACUUUGUGAUGGAAGUCAGGUUUGACAGCGUGGAUCCAACUCAUUUUUAUACGGCAUCACUUGAUGGAAAAGUCAGAAAAUACUCCAUUUUCAACACGAAGAGAAUUGAGACAUUUUAUUGCAGGCCUGAGAAAUCAGCCUCCCUGAAAACAAGCACGAAAAAGGGAAUCAAAAAUGCACUAUCGAGUCUACGGACCAGCAAAACAAUCUCAUUCAAGGCAUUCAGCAACCUGUCUGGGGUGAAUUCAUUUGAUUUCGUGAACAAGGAGUGUCUGAUCACGGCAAAUGAUGAUGGAUACAUCACAAUGUACGACAGGAGCAGAAACACGGCAUUGGCAAUGUCAAAGGUGCACAACGGGCAGAUCAAUCGCGUCAGAAACAUCGGUGAUGGAUUAUUUGCCACCUGUGGCAAUGAUGGAUCAGUGAAGGUGUUUGAUGAAAUGUGCAAGGUCGAGGCCACGAUGGCCUCUAAUUUCAAGGUGUGGGAUUUGUGCAUCCACAACAGUCACAUUGUGGCUGGAACAGAUGAGGAGAUUCUGGUUGCAAAAAUAGUCACAGAAAAGCGCACUGUUCGAGCAGCAGGGGAGAAGGUGUUCGAAUUGCGAAACAGGGAGCUCUUCACCACGCGGGUUGAAGACGGCGUAGAGAAGAAUCUCGGCUCAUUUGACGAAGGCGUAGUUGACUUCAUGCCCAGUAAAAAUGGAAAAGUGGUUGCAGCCAUUUCGUACGACAGCAUCGCAUUCUACAGCUGUCUGGGACUGAGACAGAAGCUGGUUGUGGAUUCAGCAUGCGAUGUCCUCUUUGCAGAUGACUCGUUCUACGUGGUGGUUGACAACACCAUCAAAGAGUACAGCAACAGCUACGAGGAGAAACAGACAUUCAACCUGGAAAGGGUUGAGCGCAUUUUGGACGAGAAAGACGGCUAUUUGCUCGUUGCAACAGCUGAAAACACGUUGCUUCUGAAAGAGGGAAUCACCGUUGAGAAGCUUCCUUCAACUGAAGAAGGGUGCAUUAUGCAUAAUACAACUGGUGAGAAAUUUGUUUGUCUGUUUGAGGAUGAACGAAUGCUGGUUUGUUCAGGAAGCAGGAAGAAUGUGGUUGACCUGAGUGUCAUCAGCUACCAUUCAAGUGGAAACACGCUCUUCUUCAGCACCGAAACUGAGCUGAGAUACGGAUUCAUUGACCAAGACAAUUUCAUCAGUUUCGAACUCAAAAAUGCGUCAUGUGAGAUUCUUGGUCUCUUUAACAACACGCUGAUCUGCUGUGAUGAGACCAAGACGGUUGAACACGUCUCAAUCGACAGCAAAUUCAUCGAAUUCCAACUCGAUGUUCUCGUAGGCAGAAAGCCAUCUACGCCUGUUGACUCAUUCAGACCCAGGGCAAUUGCAUUCUACGAAUCAAUUGGCAGAUUGGAGAGUGCCCUGGAUUUGACAGCAAAUGACUCCCAGAAGUUUGAGAUUCUCCUAAAACUGGGCCAAUUGGAGGAUGCGUCUAAAAUAGCUGGAUCACGAGCCAAACACAGCAAACUGGGAGAGAAGCACGUCGAACUGUUCCACAAAACAGGAGACCAGAAGCACCUUGAGAAGGCAAGUGAGUCGUUCUACCGUGCUGGAGACCUGGGCAACUUGUUCUACACCGAUUCCCUCUCAACCAGAACACACUUGGACUACGUUGGAAACAGGGCCAAAAAGGACGGUGCCCUGAACCUGUCUCUGAUGGCCCACUUCGUGAACCAGAACUAUUCUGAGUCCUACGACCUCAUCAAGGGAACCAAAUACGAGAGGAUGUUCAGGGAGAACUUUCUGGAAGAGUAA